UCAAGCUGUGUUUACAAGCCAGCCCGAUGAAUGGGAAUUUAUUGCUGGAGGACUGUGAUCCAGAGUCAGAUUUCCAGGACUGGUCUUGGCAAGGCGAUUCUUUGAUGAAUCACGGCGCGCGGAGCUGCCUCUCCGCGGCGGGAGCUGACGGAGUGCAGACAAGUCUCUGUGGCAGCACGGGCUACACGAGCUGGGACUGCUCGAAUUCGCUCCUCUCUCCUCUGGGCAGCAGCCAGGGCUACCUGGUGGCAAACAGGAAAGGAGUCGCUCUCAGUAACGUGAGAGGCCUCAAGGCCCUGUGGCAAGAUGUUGCAGGCAGGAGCGUGUGUGAGGAGAAAGCCGCCGAGGCAGAGCAAGAUGGGUACUUCGCUGCAGCCCUUGCCAGCACACACGUGUAUGACCACACAGCAGGCAACGCGACCCUUGCGCUGGGUAUAAAUCAAGAAGAGCUGGAGGAGCUGCUCUGGUUCUUCCGCAGAGAAGACCAGUCAACGUGGAAUUAUUCCAUCCUUGUGCUUUCCUUUGUGGCCAUGAUUUUGGGUCUUCUCCUUCUGGCCAUUAAUAUUGUGCGAAACAGGAAAAGGAAGAUCCACAUGUGCAUAGAAGCCGUGCAAACCGCGCAGCAGGCUGAGCUGGAAGCCAAGCAAGCCCUGAUGCCAGUGCAGGAACACAGCCCCGCCGAGCCGAGCAAGCAGGAGCUGGUGCCGCAGGAUCAGAGAUCAGGAGAAGUUGUGGUCCAGUGGAAGGACGGCACCGUCACGUCUCUGUACACAGAGAGCCCCGAGGAUGCCAUAUAACAGCACCUGAAGUCAAACCGUUUAGGCCCUAAGGAAUGUAUCAGAAUGUCUCAAUUCAUAGUGGUGGAAGUUUAAAAAAUGCAGUUUAGCCUGCGGAAACAAUUAAAAGGAAAAAAAAAAAAAAAACCACCAACCAAACAAAAAAGCAGCAGAGCUGCACCAGCAAAAGCAGCUCUGGACUUGCAAAGCCCUGCCUGCCCCGGUCGGUACCCACCGCGCUCAGCCGCCUCCAACCUCCUCGCCCGCCCCCGCUUUGCCCCUUCCCUCGGAUGCCGCCGGCCCUCGCCGCAAACGGGGGGAGCCAAACGGGAGUGGGAGGCUGGAGGCUCUUCCUGCAGACCGUCACCUCCCGCCAGGAAAACAGCCACGCUGAAGCGGAGGCGCUUUUGUGCUUUUCAGAAAUUGUCUUUAUUAAAAUACUUUCCAAAGUCGUUGAUCAAAAUCCCAUAUUGAAUAUCUCUCUCUCACAGUAAGGUCAUAUAUAUAUAUAUAUAUAUAUAUGUGUACAAAUAUACACAUGGAUAUUUUACUCUGCAGAGUAACUGCAACUCCAAGGAGAAGCAAACCAUUUAACCUGAUCCAGCAAAUGAAACUGAACGCGCGGCCCUUGGCCCUGGCUUGGGCACGGGUAGAGCCUGUUCUGCUUCAGGAUUCACUGCACGCCCGUCACUGGGCACUUGUAGAAACCGUGAAAUAAUUUAAGAGAUUUUUGGAAAUACAUCAGUCUUUUAAACAAAGGCUUUUCAGAGCGUGUCCUCGUCAGCGAAGCAUCACUCCUCGCAAAGCCUUUGAAAAGGAACACUAUAGUGUAAAAAGUUGAUUAAAAAAACAGCUGUUUUGGUAUGACUUAGUUCAAUGCAUGGGAAUCGGUUUCAGGACACCUGAGGCCUUUAGUCAGCUGAAACAAUAUCUGCACCUUUCUUGUUCAGAUUAAAAAAAAAAAAAAUUAAAAA